AUUUUGUUACAAAAUCAAAUUCAAUUGUCAAUAUAACAGUUUAAUUGGUUAUAUCUAUUUCUUGGAUUUUGUGAUUAAUUUGAAUUAACUAUCUGGUUUAUAUUAUGGCUUCUGAUGACCAAGAUGUGUUAACAGUUCUUAAGAUCUUAAUUGUUGGAGAGAGUGAUGUUGGUAAAUCAAGUCUUCUAUUGCGGUUUACUGAUGAUACGUUUCAUAAUGAAGUUCCUGCUACCAUAGGAAUCGAUUUCAAGUCAGCUUAUAUAACUGUUGAUGGAGUUCGUGUUAAACUUGCUAUCUGGGAUACCGCUGGUUCAGAAAGAUUCCGAUCAUUAACACCAAGCUUUUAUCGAGGAGCUCAUGGAGCCAUUUUGGUUUAUGAUGUUACGAAAAGAGAAAGUUUCCAAAAAUUAGAGAGCUGGUUCAACGAAUUAGAAGUUUAUUCUACUCGUGAUAAUAUGAUAAAAAUGGUUGUAGGAAAUAAGAUCGAUAGACAAGAUAAACGAGAAGUGUCACGAGAAGAAGGACUUCGAUGGGCUAGAAAAUAUUCUACUCUAUUUAUCGAGGCGAGUGCUCGAACCAAUGAAGAUGUUAAAACAGCAUUCGAAGAGCUGGUUGAGAAGAUCUUACAAACUCCUGGUCUAUGGGACGAAGUCAGAAGGAAGAGAAACAUUAAUCUCGAAGAGGAAGAACCACAAUCAACUGGUUGGUGUGGUGGUUAUUGUGGUUAAUUGUGAACAAUCAACACCAUCUUUAUACAUACAAAUCGAUCAUACAAAUUUGCAAUGUUAUCCAGACCAAUUCAACAAUCAAUUGUGACACAAUAUUAGUAAUCUGAUUACUUGUUUUCUUUUUUGUUUCAAUCAAAAAUGAAAUUGUAAAAAAAGACUUUCAAGGAAAAAGUUUUAUAUCUUUACUAUUUUAUCAGAAAAAAAAGAUUUUCUUUGUAAAUAUUUAAAAUUAAUUCUAAUUUGGAUCAAUUUAAAGCAUAAUCUAACCAUUUAUGAAUGUAAAGAUUAAUUUCCAUUUGA